AUGGCGUCACGGAAGAAGGUCCUCCUCAAGGUGAUCAUCCUCGGUGAUAGUGGGGUCGGCAAAACCAGCUUGAUGAAUCAAUAUGUAAACAAGAAGUUUAGCGGGAGCUACAAAGCCACCAUUGGGGCAGACUUUCUGACCAAGGAAGUGCUUGUUGAUGAUCGGCUGGUGACGAUGCAGAUCUGGGAUACUGCAGGACAAGAACGCUUCCAAUCUCUGGGCGUCGCAUUUUACCGAGGAGCCGACUGCUGUGUUCUGGUCUACGACGUGAACAAUGGAAAAAGUUUCGAGGCGCUGGAUAGCUGGCGUGAUGAAUUUUUGAUUCAAGCUAGCCCGCGCGACCCGGAAAGCUUCCCAUUCGUGGUCAUUGGCAACAAGAUUGAUGUGGAAGAGAACAAGCGCAUGAUUUCUUCAAAGCGGGCAAUGACCUUCUGCCAGUCCAAGGGAAAUAUUCCGUAUUUCGAGACUAGUGCCAAGGAGGCUCUGAACGUGGAGCAGGCAUUUGAGGUCAUUGCUCGCAGUGCGCUCGCUCAGGAAGAGGCGGAGGAAUUCAAUGGUGAAUUCAGCGAUCCCAUUAAUAUCCAUCUGGACAACGAUCGUGACGGCUGCGCUUGUUGA